AUGAAGUUUGCUACCAUCAUCAGUACUCUCCUUAUCGGUUCGUCCCUUUUCUUCUCUCCAACAUCGGCAUGCGAAAAGGCAUGUCAGGACGGAAUAUCGAAAGCAUUUGCAGAUAAAUAUGGCGGCGAACUCGAGCCAUUCUUUGAUAGAUUCAAGAACAACCUUGCCGAUACAAUCCUUCAAGGUGUUGAUCUCGAUAAAGUGGGUCAUAGCUCAGAGGUCAAGACAAGUGUUCCAGCUGCUAUUAAGACAACGGUCGACCAAUUUAAGAACACUUUCGUUGGCGAUCUGCAACGAUUAGUCUUCAACUCUAUAUUCGUAGAGAGUCCUCCAUACAAGGGUGACUGUAACCAUCCAAAACUCGUUCAACAGCCAAAGAAAGGCGUACCGUGGCAACGAAGUGACUGUGAUAAGCAAACUUAUCUUUGUGGUAACCCACCUGCUAUCUGUCAUGACAUCCAAAAGAUCAAGAACCGUAUCUUUACCAACAUACAUAGCAAGCUUAAUCAAGAGGCUAGUAACAACGGACCAGACUUUAAGGCAUUUUCCGAUGCAGUAUGGGACGCCGCUCGCUCUGCUGGCGUAUCUCUUAAAAACCGUAAAAAGUUAUUGAUGCCUCUUGCUGAGGCUAACAUUCAGACCGCAUUGUCAAAAUUCUUGAACGACUGCAACAACUUCUGUCAAGAUACCUGCCCUAAAUAUGACGAUAGCAUUAUCACACUUCUUCUCUCAUUCCCUUAG